GGCAGGAGGCUCAGGCAACAGCCAAUGGGCUGGCGGCGCGGGCUGGAUGUCGCUAGUCGCCCGAGGAACUUCGUUGUCGGCAUGUCAGGUCCGGGGGCUUCGGCCACCGCUUGCGAUCCUGGGCCGCGGGGCCGCAGGCAGAGCUGGGCUGAGCUGCUGGCGGGAAGGGUCAAGAGACAAAAACUGGAUGCGGGCGGGGAGCAGCAGCUGCGGGAGUCCGCCGUGCGCCUCCUCAUGCGCCAUCUGAGCCUGGAUGACCUUAUGCUGGAGGUGGAAGGCACCCCACGUCAAGAGCUCUGUCUCAGCCAGCCGAGCGGUCAGGACAGCCCUGAGGCCUGUGCCCCCCUCACUAGCUCGCUCCUAGGCUCUGCACUGCGGGAUCAGGCCUCUCGACUGGGGGUUCCAGUGGCUGUCCUGUCCAGCCGGACGGUAGCCGCAAGCUUGGUGCAGGUCUGUGAGGUGGAUGGUGAGCCUUCCCCCCGGGUGCUGCUGACGGCGGAGCAGAGGGAAAAGCUGUCUCACUUGUUAACGAUUGCACAGUAUUUAUUAGCACAGAGUCUGCUCUCCCGUGGCUUCCUUUGUCAAGAACUGUGGAAAGUGCAGAAAUCUCUGUUGCUUGAAGCUGUGUGGCAUCUUCAUCUACAAAACAUUGUGAGCCUCCAAGAGCUGCUGGAAAGCCAGGCCAACAUGCAGGCUGUGGUGGCGUGGCUCUUCAGGGACCUGCGCCUUCUGUGUGAGCAGAUAGAAGCGUCCUGCCAACAUGCCGACAUCGCCAGGACCAUGCUUUCUGAUUUUGUGCAAAUGUUUAUUUUGAGGGGAUUUAAGAAACCCUUGGAUCUGAGAGGAAAUGGGGAGCCUGACCGGAUGCCUCAGGUGGCUGCUGCCGUGCUCCAGAAGAUGCUGCUGUUUGCCCUUGAGGCUUUGGCUGCCGGCUUGCAGGAGGGGUCCCCAGCGCACAGGGCCGUGAAGUGCUGGUUUGGCGUGUUGGGUGAGCGCACACUUUGCGGAGCACUCCCGACAGACUCUCCCAAGAGGUUCUUCAGCCACACGCUGACCCAGGUCCUCACCCACAGGCCUGUGCUGAAAGUUUCAGAUGCCAUUCAGAUGCAACGGGAAUGGAGCUUUGCGAGGACCCACCCUCUGCUCACAGGCCUAUACCGCAGGCUCCUUGUGAUCCUGAGUCCAGAGGAACUGGUUGGCCGUUUACAGGAAGUUCUGGAGACACAUGCGGUGAACUGGCAACAUGUGCUGGCCUGCGUGUCUACCCUGGUGGUCUGCUCACCGGAAGCCCAGUCCCUGGUGACAGAUUGGGUGGCCCGGCUGCUGGCCCGCGCUUUUGAGAGCUACAGCCUGGACAGCAUGGCCGCUGCGUUCCUGGUCGCGCGUCAGGCUGCACUGGAGGGGCCCCCCGCAUUCCUGUCGUAUGCGGAUUGGUUUCAGGCCUCCUUCGGCGGCACGAGGCACUGCCACGGCGGCGGGAAGGCUCUGGCCUUCCUCUUCCAGUUCCUGUCAGGCCUCGUGCCCGUGGAGGCCCCCCGAUACUUGCAGGUGCACAUUCUUCACCCGCCACUGGUUCCAGGCAAGUGCCGCCGCCUCCUCACAGACUAUGUCACGCUGGCCAAGACCCGGCUGGCUGACCUCAAGGUUUCUAUAGAAAACAUGGGUCUCUAUGAGGACUUGUCUUCAGCCAAGGAUGUCAGAGAGCCCCAUAGCCAAGCGCUCCAGGAUGUCGAGAAGGCCACUGUGGUGUUUGAACACACAGGGAAAAUUCCCGCCACCGUUAUGGAAGCCAGCAUAUUCCGAAGACCCUACUACUUAUCUCACUUCCUCCCUGCCCUGCUCACACCGCGAGUGCUCCCAGCAGUCCCAGAUGCCCGAGUGGCCUUCAUAGAGUCCCUGAGGAGACUAGAUAAAAUCCCCCCAUCUCUGUACUCCACCUACCACCAAGCCUGCUCCGCUGCUGAAGAGAAGCAUCCAGAAAGUGCGGCUGCAGGCACAAAGGAGGAGCUGGGCUCUGCAGAAGAGCCCCUGCAACCGCUCACUGCUGCCCUGCGGGAGCUCAGAGCCAUGAUGACAGACCCGAGCCAGCAUGACGCUCUGUCUGCUCAGAUGGCAGUGAUUUCUGAAAGGCUCAGCUCUGCCUUGGGUCUCCAUGAGGGUGAUGGCGUCCUUGCUGCAGAACAAAAGGUCGUCGAUCUCCUGCUGAACUCUUUCUGUCAGAACCUAGUGGUAGCCUCCAGCUUCGCCCUGCCAGACAGGCAGGGCCCCUGGGCUACCCGCUUUGUGAUGGCCGUGUGUGGGUGCACACUCCUCCCCGCCAUGCUCACCAGGCUCUGCCAGCUGCUACGCCACCAGGGCCCGAGCCUGCGCGCCUCACACGUGCUGGGCUUGGCCGCCCUGGCUGUCCACCUCGGUGAGUGCAGGCCUGCACUCCCGGAGGCGCACCUGGGCUGUUGUGCCCCUGCCUGGGGCCUCUCCGUCCCCGAGUUCCUCAACAGCCUCCUGACCUGCAUGACCAAGGAGUCCUCGCUCUUCUGCCUCAGAUUUUGUACAGCAGCAAUCUCUUAUUCCUUGUGUAAGUUUUCGCAGUCACGUGAUAUUUUAUGCAGCUGUUUAUCUCCAGGCCUUAUAAAAAAGUUCCAGUUCAUUGUGCUGAGACUGUUCUCAGAAGCCCGGGACCCCCUCUGCCAGGAGGACACAGCUGGCCUGCCCUGGGGGCCCCUGUGCCUGCCUGCUACAGACUGGCAGCAAGCCGCCCUCUGUCUGUGGAAACACAGCACUUUCUGGGAACUACUGACGGAGAGAGAACUUCAUUUAACUUACAGAGACUGGUUACAGCUGGAGCUGGAAAUUCAGCCUGAAGUUGAUUCUCUUUCAGAUACAGAAAGGUGGGACUUCCACCAGUGGGCGAUCUAUGAGCACUUCCUGCCCAAGCACUGUGCCGCCGGGGGCUGCGGUGGAGACCUGGAAACCGCAUGCACAGUCCUCAUUGAGGCCCUCAUGGACUUCUGCCAAAGUUCAAAGAGUUACAACGGCUCAGAGGAUUCUGAUUUUGUUCUCAGUGGCUACAUAAGAAAUCGGGAUAUUUUUUCCAGAUUGCAGGAGAUGGCUGCUGCCCUGGAACAGGGCCCUGCCGUGGCCCAGGGCUGCUCUCCCUCUCGGGGGCACCGCCUUGUCAGGGCUCUCCGCAGGCGGCUCCAGGCUCAGGCAGGCGGAUCGGAUGUGGCCACCAGCCUUCAGAGGCAGCAGGAGCUGCUUGUGUACAAACGGAUUCUCCUCUGCCUGCCUCCGUCUCUCCUCCUCGGCAGCCCCCAAGCCGAACUGCCCAUUGCCCACAGCUGUGACGAGUUCUUCCACUUGGUCACCUCUGAGCUGAGAAACAUCUGUUCUCACGGAGGUACACUGAGCCACGACAUCACCCUCCAUUUCUUCAGGGGGCUCCUCAACGUCUGUUCACAAAGCAGAGACCCCUCCCUGACAGCCAACGUGACCCUGACUGCCUGCCAGACCGAGUGCCCUCUCAUUCUGACCUCUGCCCUGCUGUGGUGGCCACGCCUGGAGCCUGAGAUUCGCUGGCGGUGGGAAAGGUGCACCCGCAGCCCGCUGCCCCGAGGGCUGCAGCAGCUGCAAGAGGCCCGGCAGUUUGCCAGGAGUGUCCUCUCCCCUGACACACUGUCCCCCGCGCCUGGCCCGGCCUGGGUCUCUGCUGUCGCGCUGCACCACGAGAUUCAGCGAGCCGGGAGAGCCAGCAUUUCGAGAGGGCUGCAGCAGCUGGACUGCCAGAGAGAGGAGCUCCUGCUCCCCCUGUUCUUCUCCUCCUUGCUGGCCCUGCUCUCCUCACAUCUGACCCCACAUGCUGUCGACUCCCAGAAGGCAUUGGACGUUUGUGCUGAGAUCCUGGGGUGUUUGCAGGAGAAGAAGAUCUGCUGGCUGGGGCUCUUCCAGUUGGCGGAAACCGAUGCCAACCUGGGACGUGUCCUCCUGCGCCUGGCCCCAGACCAGUACAUCAGGCUCCUGCCAUUUGCCUUCUACAGCCUUCUCCCCUACUUUAAUGAAGACACCCCCAUCAGAGAAGAUGCAUUCCUGCGUGUUGCUGUCAACAUGUACCUGAAGCUGGUCCACCUCUUUGUGGCCGGGGAGACAAGUGCAGUCUCAAUACCAGCCAGCAGGAGUCAUGAGCACCAGGGCCAGGAUGACCCUGUAGGCCUGAUAGCAAAAGCUCGCCUUUUUCUGCUGCAAUCAAUACCUCGGUGCCCAAAAAACAGCUUCUCAGACAUGGCAAAGCUCCUGGCCACCAGUGGAGAUGAUGACCCAGAAGUGCAUGCUGCCCUCCUGUGCAGGCUGCAGGCCACACCUGACACUGACCUCUACCAGGAGCCCUGUCUCUUCUAACUGGAUCUUGCACAGCCCAGCUCCUUUGUAAAUA